CUGCGGCUGUCGCUCAGCAGCUCUCUCUCUCAGUUAUCGUACUAAGUUAGUACCUACUACUAACGUAAGUUUGAUGCAAUAUUUAGUAUUGUGUGACAUUCAGCUUCGAAACUUUUGACAUCUGAGGAUGCCGAUCUUCGACUUCUUCCGGAAUUUUUUUGGUAGAGGAUCGCCUGACCAGGAGCCAUCGCAGAACAGGAUCAAUGAUGAACAGAGACACAGAAACAGCUUCCGGAAUCCCAUUUGGCAAACUGACGAGGAUGACGACGACGACGUUAAUGAUUUCGGCAGAAAUCACCAUCAGUUCAGAAUAUUCAGUGAUCCCUUUGAAAUGACACGCUUCUUUGAGACUCAGAUGGACGAGUUACUGAAAAAUUUCUUUGGUGGCUUCAAUGGUUUUGGCAAUGAUUCUAAUGUUUUCUUUGGAAAUGCUUUGCCAGGACCAUCAUCUCCUGAGGGAAAUCCGAUAGGGCCUAGAGACGAAGUCCUAAAACCUUCUCACGAUGAACCAAGUUCACACUUUAAAUUUGACUUUAACAACAUCUUACCAAUGCCAGCUGAUGAACCACUUGAUGACGUGUUGAAACCUUCAUAUGAAUUACCAGAUGGUCAAAAACAAGAUUCUGAUAUUGAUGGAAAACUCAAAUCAAAUGAAUUGGCCAAAAUAUGGAAAAAUCCAGCUCAAGAUGUACAACCAUCCAAGCCUCAAUUUUCUUUUCGUUCAUUUGGGAAGUCUGUUUCAACUCAGUUUGUCAGACGACCUGAUGGGAGCCUGGAACAACGUCGUACGGUUAGAGACAGUGAUGGCAAUGAAGAAACAACCGUGACUCGACAAAUAGGCGACAAAGUUCAUACAGUAGUAACAAAGAAAGCCAAAGAUGGAUCGGAAAUUAAAUCAGAAGAUAUAGUUAAUAUGGAUGAAAAUGAACUUCAAGGUUUUGAUGAAAAAUGGACAAAAAUUCAAACUCCCAAAAAGGAUAGUGCAGAUGAUUUUCCCUGGCAUAAAUUUUUCGGCCCCAAUCCUAAAUUAUAGCAAAUAAAUUGAUGUCACUGUUAAUUUAACAUUUUUUCACACUACAAAUGAGUUUAUAAAUAUGUAUAUAAUAAAAAUCUUUA